AUGCUAUCCAAAGUGCUUCCAAAAUCUCAAAUUCUAUUCCGAGUUGCACAACCAAAAGACAAAGAGAAAAUAAUCAGAUUCUUAGAUAAUCACUUUGCCAAAGAGGAGCCGUGUGCAAGAGCUCUUAAACUGACACCUGAAACAUCACGUGGCAUAUUCUCAACUACAGCAACACGAUGUCUCAACUUUCCGUUUUCUACUGUAGUCCUCCAGGAAAACGGAGAUAUAAUUGGAUGUCUUCUCGCUUCUGUAUGGAGUAGAAAUGAUCCGAUUGAGAAAGCUGAUUUUGAUGCAGCGGGGGUUCCGGAGAACAUUCGAUUGUUUAUUCAAUUUCUGAAUAAUGCUCAUGCUAAAUUUUGGAAAGUUGCUCCACCGCAUAUUAACUCUGUCAUCCACAGAGAAAUUGGCAGCGUUGCUCCAGAAUUCACAAGGAGAGGAAUUGCAACCAGAAUGAAAUAUAACAUUGGUGGGGUUAUCUCGGAGACUUCAUCUCUAGCCAACCAGAUUGUUCUUGAGAAUGCUGGAUUCAGAGUACAUCUAUUAUUCGAGUGUGAAUUGUGA